GCUUGCCUGUGGGGUAAUUCUGUAGUGCUGGCAUGGCAUGACUCGGUCACGUAAUAAAUUCCUCCUUUUUUAUUACAAGACGGUGCGAUGAAGAAAGUUUAUUAGUAGCUACCCACAUAACGUGUAGCUAACAACAUGCAUAUCUACAAUUGCCUGUUGUAACGGUAUGGCCUUUCAUUGUUGACAUGCAAUCAUGCACCAGACCUGAGUUCUAAUUAGUUUGGAAAGCGGAUAUGGGAGUAUCAGAGUUCGCCCCCAUUCAACUUCCCAUUUCACUCCCUGAAAAGUAAACACGGCCGGAGAAAGUGUUUCAUUGUUGCCAGAUUUUUAUGACAGUCGUAACUUUGCUGCGUGCAUGUAGGAAAAAAUCCCUUUGCGUGCCUCGGCUUCGAUUUUGCCCUAUCCCGGGUAAUGAGGGCCCUUCUAAGCUGUCAUUAUGUUGUCAGCUGAGUCAAUCGCCAUGUCAUAAACAUUCACCAUUCAAGUCGGGCAUGAUGGGAUAUGUAGCGGUGACUCUUUCAAAAUGGCGCAUGGCGGGAGCGGCGGAGCGUGAAACUUCGUCGGCAAAACUGCGAACUUCUGACGGCAGGACCACGCCAGUGCCUUCCUCAUCAGCAGCACAGGUGCGGGUACACCUGCGUGCGAAGUCAAGCCUGAAACAGCCCCGCCUGUUGCUGGAGUGACGCAGCAUCAUGAACAGAGCUGGACCUGCCUGCAGCCCACGGAAGAAAGGUGAAUCUGCGACAGGCAACAGUAACAAUUACAAGACUUUGAACAAUUCUUCACCCGCCAAAAAGAAGGCACCCACUGCUAGUGUUCCCAAGGUGGGACGUCGGAAACAGGUUCUCCAACCCAAGGCGGACCCAGACGCAGCAACAAUAGGUAGUCGUUCUCCCUCUGUCAGGAAAGAUACCAGUGCCAUUAAAAGCGAACAAAGACAAUUAUCGGAGCUUAUAAGGGGACACUUCCAUUACGAGGGCAGUAGUUCAGAGCAGGACGAUUUAGUCAGGAGGUCACCGCGAUUCAAGGCGGAUCUAAGUACAACUUCUCAGGACAAUUCAGGAGCUGAUAGCGAAAUUAAGGGUUCUGUGAUUUCUGUGAACGGAAGCACGGUAAGCCCCAGGAAGCUACAGGACCUGGCCACAGCUUUUCAGGUCAGGAUAACAAAGAUAGCCUCUCCUGGUAAGGCUUCUCCUGCGGAUAGAGACACUAGAGGUCCGAACAAGAAAAUUCUCGCAGAGAAACGGCCAGCAAGUAGGUCGCCAUCCGCCAAACGACAGAAAAAGAAGUGCAAGAAAGUUGACAACAACACAACAAAAGUUGACAACAACACAUCUCGUAGAAUAAAAAAGGCCAGAGGUUCUAGUAAAAGUGGAAAGAAGCCAGAACAAAAGCAACAAGAAAAGAAGCCCGAGCAAAAGCAACAAGAAAAGAAGAACAUUGAUUGUGACAUAUCGUCAAGUGAGACUGUGUUGAAUACAGAACAAACUGCUGACACAAGUGAUAAGUUGAAAAAGAAGCCAAUAGUUCUGCUAACACGGCUAAAGCAAUACCAGUUAUCGAGCCCUAAGAAGGACGAUAGCACAGAGAUAAAGGUUGCAGAGAGCAUCACUGACAUUGAAUCAAAAGAAGACUCAACUGAGGAAGAUCAGGAUACAGCAAUAGAACGCGUCAAAAGGAAAUUAAGUUUUGACGACAGUGAUCACCUUGUUGAAGAAAGUGUCACCGUUGACUGCCAUUCCGAACUGACGAGCGAGGUAAAAUUACAGGACGAAACACCUCACAAGCUGAACACUGAGUCCUUUAGUGAUACUGCACAGGUUGUGAACACUGAGUCCUCUAGUGAUACCGCACAAGUUGUACUUGAGAGUAAAGAUAUCCGCUGUGACUCAGAAACUCACACUGCUGUCGUACAAGAGACAAGUUGCGAACUUGCUAACGCCAUAGAACCAAGUUUAGCACAGGAGCCAAUGAGUGCAUCAGAGGACGUUGCACAGGAAGCAGACAGUGCAGAAAUCACCAUGUCUGAAGAGCUGGUGAAAAAAGAUUUAGUCGUGUCCCCAAAGGAGACACCUGGCCGGAGCCCGUCCACUGCGGUCGGAUCUAUCGAUGAUGUAUCCAAGCCAUUAAGAUUUCAUGACUCAGAGAUGCCGAUGAACGCGGAUAAAAUAGAAAUGAAAUUGGACGAAGUCCCAGAAGCAGUCGUCAACGGCGCAGAUAAAGACGUUGAAAACGAUCCUCACACGACAGAAGGAGCUGAUGACCAUUGUUUACCCCUCGUUACAGACAGGGAGAAAACUGUCACGAAUGAGGAAUCGAGCGCGCCCGGUCCGUCCUCCCACUUGCCUGACAGCAUAGAGAGCUGCAGUGUGGAGUCCGAGGGGACCAACGACGCGAGUAUGUCUGCAACAAUCCCUGCAUCAGAGGAACAGGCACAACAGGCGCCUACACAGGUAGAAGAUGCGGAGCAGAGAAACGCCAUAGACAGUCAUUCCAACCAUCCUUUGCCAGAACCGACAGAGCUGCCCAAACCCGUAGUGAAGGAGAGGACGAACAGGAGGAAGGCAAAGUGCCCGGCGAAGAUCCCGCGCCAAGAAGUGAUGCUGGAGCACCACGACGCUCCGUUCGAGCUCGACGACCACGAAGGAGACAUUCCAAUGGACGAGGAUGAUGAGUUCAUGAUGGAGAUGGGUGAGGAGGACAUGAAUGACGCAGAGCACUGGAUGGAGGACGCUGUGGAAGAGGUGAGAAGCAGGAAGGGCCGACGUAAGGCCACGACGCCCCGCCCGAACAGACAGGCCGCCAGCCCGGGACGUCACGACGUGGCCUACGUGUCCUUAAACGAGGCCAACCCACCUGUGCGGCACCUUCUGAACCACGAGUCACCGGAGGACGCCGGCGACGUCCAGCCCAACUCCGCCAACCAGUACCAGGCGUACCUCAGGGAAUUAUUACCUCCAAUGGCAAAUUCUGGGAGCCAGGGACCGACUUCGCCACCGCCACAGGGUAGCGGCAUGCCGCGCCAGCUUGCAAUGUACCCCAUGCACUCCACAAGGAUGCCUCGGCAAGACGAGGAAUCAGCCGGGGAGGAAGAACGCUCCUCUCUGCCGCCAUUUGCCAGGAGGGUUGGGGAAGACGAUAGCUUGCCGCCAAACUUCAUGGACAACCGAAUGGCACGGCAGCAGGAGAUGGGCGAGCAGCAAAGUCCAGAAGAAGGACAAGGCAGGUAUAGGCGAGAGUUCCACCGCGUUCCUUACAGCAAGUGGGUUCUGACGAUGUUGGAACAUGCCUAUCAGGAAGGGAUGGGGUACGUACGAAGCACGAAGAAGUUCGAACUCAGCAUGGCGACGGGCCUGUCCUCGCGGCAGAUCAAGGUUUGGUUCCAAAACAGAAGGGCGAAGGACCGCAAGCUUAAGAAGAGGGGGAAGUUACCGUUCAAACCGUCGUUCAAUCGCGGCAGAAGGUCGCACGAAGAAGAGAAUGAGUCCGGAGACGGAGCCGACGCAGCCGACUUUGACGUAAAAUCUGAAAACGCACCGGUCUACAGAAAACCCGUCAUUGACUCAGACGUCGACGGGGCUGACAGGAGUCAUAAACUGCAGCUGCAAACACCGAUGGUGACUCCCGCCACGCACAGUCAAGCUUCUGCAGCUCCAGUUCACGUUUCUGCGACGUCUUCGUCCGAGAGUAAGCACCCCGAGCCACUCAACCUGGUCCGUCGGUCCAGCGACAGCCGCACCGACACCGUACGGGCACGUCUCAAAGCGAUGAUGCAGGAAAAAUCAGACCCAGCCCCGCCUCAGCAGUCAGACGAUCGCCGCGACGACCCGAACAACAACGCCCCUCUGAACCUGGUGGUGCCCAAGUCGCAACCUGAACAGCCUCCUGCUACGUCGGCAAGCAGUACCAGGUCUUCUCCACCAACCUCAGCCCAACAACAACAACAACAGAUGGACCAAGUCAGGGCCGCCAUGAUGGGUGCUGCCGGAGCCGCUUCGUCUCCCUUCAUCCCCGUGCCAGGAGCCUUCUUCGUCCCGAUGAUAGACCCUGGAUUCGUCUUCUACGGGCAGCUCGGCAGCCACAUCAGGUGGCACACCCCUCCAGGUGUGCAGGGAGCCGCCGACAUGGGACAGAUCCGACCAAACCUUGCUGCUGCCGGGCCCGGCGGUAUGAUGGCCCAGGGUGCCAAGUUACCCUCAGCCUCGCCAGGAGGACAGCCUCCACUGCCUCCGCCAGAUGAAGUCAAGGCUGCUCAAGCUAAGCGCCAUCUCCUCCUGCCUGGAUACGGCUACAAGGACAUGAGGAGCACGCACGAACGUAUCCGCACGCCCAACCGCUACCGUACCCCUUACACAGACGAGCAGACCCAGGCACUGGAGCACGAGUAUCGCGCGCACGGCGGAUUCAUCAGCAUCACGCGGAAGGAGGAACUCAGCAAGUCUCUCUGUCUCUCCUACCGCCAGAUCAAGAUCUGGUUCCAGAACAGGCGUGCUAAGGAAAGGCGCCAGCACAAGCGAGCCGCGAAAGACGGCCUGCCGUACGGCAUGGGAUCGCCGCCUCGCAACGACGGCACGUCGUCCAAUGACGGCCAGGGGGACAGCAUCAACGACAUGACCAGGUCUCUGACGUCAGACACCGACGUGGACAAACGCGUCAUGGAGGACUUCAGAGAUGAUGACGACUAUGAUGAUGAUGACGACGACAUGAUGGAGAGAUCGCGGGAAUGGGAGUCGGGACCAGACACGUCUCAGGACAGCCUGCAUCUGCAGCCGCAGGAGCAGGACGCACCGCAGCCGCCAACGGCACAGGAAAGUGCAGCACAAGAGCACGCGAUGGAAGCUGUUGUCCCUACAAGUGAGGGUGUUGCCGCCUCUUCUGAAGAAAAACCGCAGAUGAAUGUCUCUCAGACCGAGAAAGAACCAGCGCCGCCUGCCAAGCCUGAAGAAGCAGCAGCUAAAGACGACGACGAAGCCAUGUUCUAUGAUGUAGACAGCGACCACGCCCUCCAAAUAGUCGAAGAGCCUGAGGAAGAGGAACAAGAAGCGGAGACCGUCAGCGCACCGAAGGUGGUGGAGAAACAAGACAACAGACAUGCGAAUCCAGACACGACGGCUGUCGUGCCCCAGCCGCCGGAGGUGUUCUUCCAGAACCUAGAGCUGAUGAGGAGGCAGAGGGUCGACUCCAACCGAUCUCAGUACUCCAGGGAACAGAUCAAGACUCUAGAGGCUGAGUUUAAUGUGCACGCCGGCUUCAUCAGCAGCAAGAGGAGGUCGGAGCUGAGCGAGUCUCUCGGGCUGACCACUCACCAGAUAAAGGUCUGGUUUCAGAACAGGCGAGCGAAAGAACGUCGCCACAUGCAGAAGUAUGGGGAGGGCGAUCCGAUCGCUCUCAGCUUCCUCGCGCCUGGAAUGAUGGGAAAAGUGCCUAUGGUUCCUCUGUCUCCCAACAGGCAGGCCGGCGGUCAUCCCCGACUGCAGGGCACCCCGACCAGCCUGGGAACUGUCAGUAAAGCUGGACAAAAUGAAGGGUACAACAACAUCGUUCGUGCCGCUAUCUCUCCCGUCGAGGCAACAAAGCCAGGGGACAUCAAGCUCGGCUCUCAGAACCACGGCGUCGUGGUGAAGGAGGAACCAGAAGAGUCCCGGGACAGCUACAGCAGCCCUCUGGGUCUCGAGGAGCCCCACAACUCGUGGCUAACCAGGAAGACGAGGACCAAGUUUAGCGAAGAACAGAUCCUUGUUCUCGAGACGGCCUUCGCCAACAACCAGUUCCCCACCGGCUGGGUGAAAGCGCAGUUGUCUCAGGUCACCGGGCUGACCAUGCGGCAGAUCCAUGUCUGGUUCAUGAACCGCAGGCAGAAGGAGAAACACUCCAGGAAGAGGGCCGGGCGCGCAGCCACCAGCCCCGGGGGCAGGGGCAUGACACCGUCCCAGUCCAGACGAGUCCACUGGAAGCAGCUAGCAAAAGCCCUCACCCCGGCACAGAUACGAGAGAACCAAGAGAGGCAGGCCGCUGCAGGUGUCCCAUCGCAAAUCCUGCCUACCACCAGCGUGGUAAACCCUGCACCUGUCAGCACAGCUGCGCAAUUCACCGCCGCCGCACCUCUCCACCUGCCGGCUCCAGCCACGACACCACCGACGCGUCGCCAGACACCCGACACUCUCAAGUCGCUGCAACAGCAAAAACCGGCCGAUAGGGGCGCUUCUGUCUCUUCCCCUGCCGAUCAAGGCCCGAUGGAUCUAACCAAGAAGGAGUCGUCGCCUCCCCGUGACGACAAGAGCGACGCGGCAGACGUGGUGGACAUGAGCGGGUCUCCCGUGCCCUUCAUCUUCAAGGACGACAAGAAGUUCAUCCUGAUCUGCGACGCGCUGCGCCUGCUGUCCACGUCCCACCUGCAGCUGAUGACCGAGUCCCUGCGAGCCCUGGACGUCUACAUCCAGCGCUGCUCCGACCUGGACGUCACCAAGUUCAGGGUCCUGCACGGGGAGGUGCAGCACACCGCCGAGUGCUUCUCCAUCGUCAACCUGGACCAGUUCUCCUCGCACCUGCCACAACUCAGGUACAUCAUGAAGCAGCACCGUAACGCCCAGCCCCCUGAGACCGAAGUGGACGGGGAGAGGCGGUGUUACCUGCGCGCCGCCUGGGGAGGGAAGGACGCCGAAGAACCCAAGGAGAAGCCGCGGAAGGAGCGCCAGCGUCACGUGUCCCCCACCACCGGUGCCUUGCCGCCGAGCUCGAUCGUGAACGCCACGCUGCAGCAGACGCACCCCAUCGUCCUCCCCCCGGGUCUGCCCGGGGCCUACCCCUUCGGGCUGCCGCAGCCGGGGAUGGGCCUCCCCUUCCCCAUGGCCAAGGUGUCUGCCGUGCCGUCUUCCUACCAGUCCGGCCUGGUGACCAGCAGCGCCGCCAGCAGCCAGCCGCCCGUCAGGAUCUCGUCCGUCUUCUCACUCAGCCAGGCCCAGGGAGGGAGCGAGACUAGUAUAGCUUCCAGCAGGAACGAACACGUGAGUCGUCCCCGCAUGCGGUUCACGCAGGACGAGGUGGAGGUGUUGGAGGGUGAGUUCCAGCGCACGCCGUGGCCGGACGGGUACGUGCCGUACGAGCGGCGGACCGAGCUGGCCGUGCAGCUGGGCGUCACCAAGAGCCGCAUCGACGCCUGGUUCAACCACAGGCGCACCAAGGAGAAGUACGGCCCCAGGUCCCAGUCUCGCGAGAUGAGGGAGUCCACCGGCGCAGGCGCACUGGAGGAAGCGACGUCAUCGUCGAAGCCCGUGACGUCAGAGCCGGUGGCCAAUGGUGCAAUGAGCUAACGUGACGUUGGCGGUAGUGUGAGUAGGGCACAUAUACGGACAUCAUCUAGGAGUUAGGGGAAGAUAGAUACCGAGGACCACAGGUUGUAUUUCGAGCCACACGAUGAAGUUGGCAUGGAUUCAGUUAAUAUUCCAGGUCUGUGUGGAGGUCCGUGAUAACGUUCUAUCAGCAUUGUAUUCAAUUGUGCCAUAAGGUAUAGGGUGAUGUCUUGAAUGUUUGAGCAAAAGCCAAGUACAGUACUAUAAUAAUAACUAGACACGGCCAUGGUGCCAACCUGAGGAAAAUGGCCAGAUGACCGGUGUUUGGAUGUUGUGAGCUAAGGAUAAUCGUGGAUGUAACAACCCUGAUCAUGGUCUAGAAAAUGUGCAAAGUUUUCGACGUUUUUCGGUCAUGUAGGAGCAGAUUGAUUUGUAAGAGAGGUUACACUCCAGGUUGCCUGGACAGCCUGCCUCGGCGGCUUGCCAAAUAUCACCGCAAACGGCUCCGAGAGAGUUGAUGGGAAUUUCAAUAUCUAUAGUAACUUUCCUGACGAUAAGUCAUUUGGUCAAAUUAAGCCGGUACAGGGUCAAUUUACCGAUUGGACUCCCGCGUAGAGUUAGUAUCAUAGCGUCCCGCUGAAUGUGAUAUUUUCUCAUGUUAAGCCGGUGGAUAGGUGCUGUUUAUAGCGCACACAAAGCGUGUGUACGUACGGGCUUGUCAUUCCGUAAAUCAUGUGCAGUAAGAAAUGCAAUAGAGAUAGCUAUAUGUACCAGAGUUCUAACCAUAGUUGACUAUUAACAAAUCCAUAUAUGGCAGAAUUUUCUAACAUAGUUGUCGGUUUAUGUCGGAGAAAGAAUGAUAUGACGUGCCUUGCUCUGAGGAGUUUGAAGAUCGUUCUAUUUUUGUGUAUAUGGAUGGGAUAUACUAUAAGUUGUGCCAGCGAGCUGCAAUGAUUUAAACUGCUAGCAGAUACGUGUACGUCACGUGAAGAUAUAGAUAGAUAUAUCACUUCUAACCUGUGCCAGGAAAGUAUAAGUAUAUGCCAUAACAACCAGCAACAGAUAUAUGUUAUACUUCAGCAAUAUCCUACGUUCAUUGUUUAUUGUUCUUACUUUUUUGUACGAUAUGUAUAUAUACAUAUAGUUCAUGAUAUGUCAGUUGCUAGGAUAGGUAGGUAGUUUAUUUCGAUUUUGUUCUAAGUUACAAAGAUGUUGUAUUUUGUAGUUCGAUCAUGUUAUUGUACUAUGUUGUUAUAUAGGGAUAAUAACACAUCCCAGUUGACCACUGCGUUAGAAUUCUAAAUGUUGUUAGUUGAGAGAGUGAGGUCUACGUUACUAGAAGUAUAUAUUCCACUGCUAUGUUGUUUUACCUAUUCACAAAAUAAGGCACUGUUAUGGCAUCUGUAUACUAGUAUUUCACAGAAGAUUUGGCGCAUGGGCAGUAAGCAUUCGUGUGUGUACGCAUGCGUAGACGAUCGUUGCCGACGUUGCUGUUCGUUACUUGGUGCAUUCCAGUCUGGGGAUUUUGAUCUAGUCUGUGCCCCUGAAUGUAAGAAGUGUCUCUCUGUGGGCGCAGAAUAAGAACUGUGAUGUCUAAGCCGCUACGUGCUCAUGUACUUCGUUUCCCCACAGGAAUGCCAACAUAGCUGCAAUGAAUUGGUGUAAUAGUUAACUUGACUUGCCAUUGUUAGUCCUAACCCAUAGUAUGUACGGUACUGUUUAUAUUUUUGUACCCAUAGCUAUGUCAACUAUAGAGAAGACUCCCAGUUCUGUACCCCUCACCAGAAAUACAUAUAUAUAUUCUUACA